AUGGAAGAUUUAGAAGGAGAGCAUCUUAGAAGAGAUUUAAAUGAAUAAGAUGAUUUAGAUAACUUGGAUUUAUAGUAUGAUAGGAAUAAUGAGUAUUUAGAUAUAGAGAAAUUUAACUCUGAUUUACUAUUUGCAGUAUAAGGAUUGGGAAGUGUAAAAUAAGUUAAUGAAAUCGAAAUUUAUGUUAAAGGUCCUCACUGCGAGGAAAGCAUCAAAGAUUUGAUUAGAUUAUGCCGUAAAGAUGAUUCAGAUGAACCACUUGCUCGUAAAAAGCUUGCAGUUUGGAAAACUUUUGAAAAUGAUUUAAUUUAACUCCUAUUAACUUAAUAUCAAGAUAAAAAGCUUGCAUUCUACUUAAUUUUACUGAUGGUUAAUUUAACUGAGCAACCAACCAAGACUUGUGUUAUUAAAAAUGAAUUAAGAGAUGCUUUAUAUGAAUAUAAAUUGAGUUUUUUAAAACCAUAAGUCAUAGGUACUCUUAUGUAGCAUUUGGGUGAUUGUAUUGAGAAUCAUUAGAUGAUGUUAUUGAGAAAACAAACUACAAGAGAAAAAGGCAAAAAUGAAACAAAAGCUCAUGAACAAAUGAUUGAAUUAAUUGUUAUUCUUAUUAAAAAUAUUUUGGCUAUUAGAGAUUCACCCUACAAUGAUAGUAAUCAUAAUGAAAUAUAUCGUAAUAUGCAUUUCCAUCUUUUGUGUUAAAUGAAGCGUGAGCACUGUUUCGAUCUGCUCAUUUUCUUAUCGUAAGAUUUUAGCAAAUUUGAUGUACUAAAAAAAUUAGACGUAAUCUUUCUUGAAAUUUUCUACCACAUAUUUAGUGGUUUUGAUCCAGAAUGGCUUUGCUCAGCUAAUGGCAAUGGAUCUUCUGAUUUUGCAAAAUUACUAGAAAAAGACCGUUUAGAAAAAAAGAAACUUAAUUAGAUGAUACCUUCUCGUCAUACCCGUUUUUAGGCUAACUUCCGCUUCAAGCGUAUGUUAGAUGACACUAAGAAGCUGACUACUAAUCCAUUUGCAGGUGAUUAAUUUGAUUAAACUAAAGUUACUAAAAACUAGCUUAAUAAGCCAAUUCCUCGUAAAUUUUUAUAGUAGUAAGAGGGUAUUUUCAGAAAAAGGUUGCAUUUAGACUUAAAGGUUGAUAUGCCUCUUUAGCAUAAUCUUACAUAGAAUUUAACAAUUGAUUAAUAAGAUGAUGAAGACACAAUUAAAUCAGAAUUAGUUACUUUUAAGUCUGUUAUGCUGUAAUUCUCUCUCGAAUUCAUCAAAUAUUCUUUCUGCCCUUUAUUUGAGCAAUGCUAUAAUUUAUUGUAUACUGACAGUGAAAAGCUAGAGCCUAUUGAUACAGUUUACUAUUUUGUUUUAAUGGGAUUCGGUUUAAAGUUAACUAGGAUUGUAGUUUUUGAACACAAGGCUUCAGAACUCGAAAUUGUCGAUAUCGCUGUAGCACUUUAAUUGACAUAGUUUUAGUUAAUAUUUUCCAAGCUUGUAAAAGAAGUAACUCAUAAUAAAAAAAGGAGCUUUAAUUUAAAAAAUUUUUAUUCAACUGUUUAUGUCUUUAAUGAGUUAUUGCAAGUCAUUAGAGUUAUGUCAACAGAUAACAGUUAAAUGAAUAGAAAAAAUUCUUAAAUUAUGCUUUAAAAUAUUUUCCAUCAUGAUAUUACUAAAGCUUUAAGAAUAGGUGUUGACUACUGCUAGUAUAAUGUGUUGAAUAAUGAAGUCCUCAAAAAUUUAGUUGAGCUAAUUAAUAUUUUCUUUGACUUACUAGAAAGUUACUCGAAGGGUAAAGUUCUCACUCUAUAAACAGACAAAUUAGUAAAAAAGAAAAAAAAGAAAGUUAACUCCAAAUCUAAGAAAGCUUUGGAACGCUAAUUGUAAAGUGAAAUGAACGAUUUCAUUGAAAAAGAUCCAAAUGAAGGGCAAGAAGAUGAUGAAGACUUCAACCCAAACAAAGAAUUAGAAAUUUAAAAUGUAGAAAAAAAAGAAGAUGCGUAUGAUGAAGAUGAUGAUGAGGACUCCGAUGAUGAUGGUCCAUAAUUUUAAGAAAGAAAGUAUAAUUUAUAAUCUGAAUUUGCUAUAUUGGCAGAUUAUAAUGUAAUUCUAAAAGUUCUUUAGCUAAUUCAAGGAGAUAAAAUUUUAACGAAUUCUCCUAACUUAAAUAACGCAGUUUACAAAUUUAUUUAAAGAAUUACUGAUCUUUUGAAAGCUGAUUGGAUUUUAUACUAAGUCGACUUUAUUUCAAUAAUUCAGGAAAUAUGCUCAAACCAAGAAAUUAAAAUGAGACUAGACUGUAAAAAGUUCAUUGAAUUGUUCAGAAAAAUAAUAAGAAAUAUGUUUGAAAAAAUAAAAUAAAAUAAAUUGCUCUUAGUUGAAAUGUUGUUUAGGUUUACUGAUGCAACAUUGAAAAAUUCUAUUUUAUGUAACUAUGAAGAUCUUGAAAAAAAUGAAAAUGAAUUUGAUAAUAUUCUUAAUGAAAAUGAAGCUGAAAAUGCUGAUCAGUAGACCAUUUUAGAAAGAAAAGUUUGGAUAGAGUAAGAAGAUAGAGCGAUCAUCAAUAACUAUGAAACAUUCAAAGAUCUCACUAAUGUCUUCGAAUAACUCGGACUUGUGCUCAAUGGACUUGGAUUUUACGAUAAAACUCCAUUAGAUAUUAGAAGAAGAGUCAAAUACUUAAAGCUACACAAAGGAAAAUAAAGAGCAGAAAAAAUUUUCAAAGAAAUUUAUGCUUCUAAAAAAGUUUCAAUAAAGAGGGCUGUGAGAGAGCUAUAUUUAAAACUAAAAGACAAUGAAGAAAAUGUAAACAAUAUUGAAAUAAAUGACAUUUAAAUAUUGCUGGACUCAAUAUUUGUUAAUUUUAAGGAAUAUAUUUAUUUUAUUGAGGAACAGAAUACUAACCUGACUGAUUUUGAAAGAUUGGUUUAAGUUUAAGAUUAUUGUAUUGUACCUUACACUGUUAAGGAUUUUGAUAUUUUAAAUCUCUAGAGUGCUUAAUAAUUACUUGAAUCUUUAGGAUUUAGAGCACCUGCAUAAGGAUAAAUUUAUUGGAGAGUACCAGGAUUUUUCAAAGUAAGUGAUGUAGAUCUAUUGAAAGAAAAAGUUGAUAAAUUUUUAUAAAACCCUGAAAUUUUACUUGAAAAUAAUUAAGAAGAAGGUUUAGAAGGAUAAGACCAAUUAUCUUCUAAAAAGAAAAAAUCUAAAUAGAAAAAAAUAAAGAACUAAGGUUAAAUGCAAGAAGAAGAAAGUGCAAAUAAAUAGAUUGAAAAUGAGGAAAGCUAAGAAAAUAAAGAAAUUUAAAAUGUAGAAGAAGAUGACUAAGAUGUUGCAUUUAUUAGAGAUUACGAAGAAGGUGAAUAAAAUGAAGCAUAAUAAGAAAGCAAUAAUAUUUUGAAUUAAAAUGAUUAAGAAUAGUCUUAAAAUAAUAAUAAAUCAACUUCAAAAAAGAGAAAGCUUUGUAAAGUUAAGCAAAACGAUAUCAAAAGUGACGACAGUGAAAUGAUAUAUAUGGGUUAUGAUGAAUAAUCAAACAACGAAAACUCACAGUAAAAUUAAAAUUUAAUAUAAAGCAGAAAAUCAAGUUUCGAUGCCAGUAAAAGUUUCAUGAAUGCUGAGAAAGAAAAUUCAAACAGUUUUGUCAGAUAGUUUUUAAAUGAAUCUAAUAAUGAAAACAAUAAAUAAAUGGAUGAAAACUCUAUGAGUGCAAAUUCUAUGAUUUUCAACAAAUACUAAAAUAAAAAAAUUAAUAAUUUCAAUAGCGAUGAUUAAAUUUGA